UUUUAAACCUCUCUCGAGCCUCAGAGGAGUCGCUCUUGUGUGGGUCUCCCUAACCUUUAACACAAGGUGACGGACACCUCGAGCUGUCGCCCUGUGGGAGCAGACUAGGGUGUACCCGAUUUCUUGGCCGAACUGGCUGGGGAGCUUGGAGGACGAGGGAGGUUUUGUGAUGCAAGCAGGUAGCCUUGGGCCGGAAGGGCCCCUCGGAAAUUGCCCUAUGAAAAGUCACAGAGGAAGCCACUGUUGUGUCCGGGCUAAAAUGAUACACUUAUUUGCAUGUCCCAAAACUUGGCCGCUCAAACAAUUUUAAGGUCUAGACAUUUAACAAAGUUGGUAGUGUUUGCAACGUGGGUUCGAGCGUCAGCACCGAAUACCCAGGCUUGGCGUCGUAUGCCAGUGGAGGCAGGAGGAUCAGAAGUUGAAGAUGAGUCUCUGCAAGGAGGAUGUUGCUGUUGGACUGGAGGGAGUGAGAGAAGAUGGAAAGGACCUGGUGGUCAGCAGGGAGAGCAGCUCCCUUCUCCAGAACACUGCUUCUCCUCAGUCUGGUGGUACUGCAGCGACAGACUGCCAAAAGCCUGUCCCGUGUGGAUGGGAAAGAGUUGUGAAGCAAAGGUUAUCUGGGAAAACUGCAGGAAAAUUUGAUGUAUAUUUUAUCAGCCCACAAGGAUUGAAGUUCAGAUCAAAACGUUCACUUGCUAAUUAUCUUCUCAAAAAUGGAGAGACUUUUCUUAAGCCUGAAGAUUUUGAUUUUACUGUGCUUGCUAAAAGGAGCAUCAGUCCAGGUUAUAAACACCAAAGUUUGGCAGCUCUGACUUCCCCGCAGCCAAAUGAAACUGACAUUUCAAAGCAGAACCUGAGGACACGAAGCAAGAGGAACACAGAUGUGUUGCCUCUGCCCAGUGGUAAUUCAGAGUCGCCAGAUAGCAGCAGACUUUCUGACUCUAACUCUGCUCACUUGCUAUUGGAAGAACGUGAGGACACUCAGGAUGCUGACUCCGGGGAGAGGAGAAAGCCCAAAAGAAAGGUGACUGUUUUGAAAGGAAUUGCAAGUCAGAAAACCAAACAAAGGUGCAGGAAGAGUCUCUUAGAUUCUACUCGAAGAAACAGAAAAAGAGGAUCUGUGGUUCAGAAAGUGGGUGCUGAGAGCGAGCUAGUUCCACAGGAAAUUCAACUCAACAGAACCCUCUGCCCUGCAGACAGCUGUGCAAGGCAGCUGGUCAGCCGGGCUGGGGAAGGAAAGGGCCUGGCACAAGGAAAAUCGCCAAGCCCGGAGUCGGAUCUUUGUUUCAUAGGAGUAACUCCUGGCACCACAAACAAAUUACCUUCAACUGAAGCAGCAGGUGAAGCAAGGCCUGAGCAGACAUCAGAGGCGAUCAGAGCGAAGGGAGACAAAGAGGGGGAGGCACAUUUGCAUAUUGACGGUUUACAGGAUGGCUCUGAAAUGCCCAGCUGCUCACAAGCCGAGAAACCCUUUACUUCUGAGACAUUUCAAGAAGACAGCAUCCCACGAACCCAAGUAGAAAAAAGGAAAACAAGCCUGUAUUUUUCCAGCAAGUACAACAAAGAAGCUCUUAGCCCCCCAAGACGCAAAGCCUUCAAGAAAUGGACUCCUCCUCGGUCACCUUUUAAUCUUGUUCAAGAAAUACUUUUCCAUGAUCCAUGGAAACUCCUCAUCGCAACUAUAUUUCUCAAUCGAACCUCAGGCAAGAUGGCCAUCCCUGUGCUGUGGGAGUUUCUAGAGAAGUACCCUUCGGCUGAGGCGGCCCGAGCUGCUGACUGGAGGGACGUGUCGGAGCUACUUAAGCCUCUCGGUCUCUAUGAUCUCCGUGCAAAAACCAUUAUCAAGUUCUCAGAUGAAUAUCUGACAAAGCAGUGGAGGUAUCCGAUUGAGCUUCAUGGGAUCGGUAAAUAUGGCAACGACUCGUACCGGAUCUUUUGUGUCAAUGAAUGGAAGCAGGUGCACCCUGAAGACCACAAGUUAAAUAAAUACCAUGACUGGCUUUGGGAAAAUCAUGAAAAAUUAAGUCUAUCUUAAAGCCGCCUGUUUGAACUUUGUCAUGCAUUGCUUUGGGCUUCCAUUGCUACGGGCUCUGUGGUGUACAAUGAGCUCCCUUCCCGGCCUGUGGAUUCCCUUCAGUUUGUUAGAAGCUAGUGUACGUCUUAAGCCUCUGCCCCCCCCCCCAAAAAAAUGUUGGAUAAUGAUCCUAAAAGUGUGUUCAGUUUAAUUUUUCCAGUGAUGAAAUUCAACAUGCUGAUUCUCAAAGCCAGUUACCAGCACCCCUGCUGAGGAAAGGCUAAACAUGUAUUCACUUUCUGUACAAAGUGAUACUAUCAUGUGCAGAAAGAUUGUCAUUCUUACUGGUAUUGGAGUCUUACAGUUUAAAUAGUGAAGCAUUUACCUUAGAAAGAUAUCACUAAAUAAACAGUAAAUUGACUUGCACAUGACAGCACACACCUGUAAUCCCAGCGCUCAGGAGACUGCCGGAGAAGCAUGGAAAGUUGAGGGCCUGCCUGUACUGUAGAGAGAGACUCUGCCUCAAACACAAACAGCAGGGCCAGUGAACUGGCCCAGUAAAUGAAGUCACUUGCUGCCAAUCAUGAUCUCAAUUCCAUCCCUGGCACCUGCUCCUGAAGGCUGACCUCUUACCUUCACUUGAACCCACACAUACGUGUUACAAAGUACAUAACUUUUUCAGAAAUAGUCUGGAGAGAGAUGGUUCAAUGUUUUAGUGUGCUUGCUGCUUUUACAGAGGACCUGAGUUCAUAUUUUAGCACCCACAUCAGGCAGCCCACAACUGCGUGUAACAACAGCUCCUGAGGAUCUGACACCUCCAAGUCUUAAUUACUUAACACUGUUUUAAGAUGUCAUUUGAAAAUUCUCAAGGCAACAUCCACUCAAAAUGCAUAAUAUUCCAUCCCAUUUUUCAUUAACAAAAUAUGUUCUGAUAUAUUCACACAUGCCAAUCAUGGUGGUACACUACACUUGGGAGUCUGGAGAGGAUCAUGAUCAAGGCCAGCCUGGGCUACAUGGCAAGACCCUUUAUAAAAAAAAAAAAGUGGGCACUCAGAGACAAUGAACAGAUGGGCAUUAUAACGUAUACGUGAUGGUGCUGCAUACAUAUACAGUACUUGGGAUGCUGAGGCAAGAGGGCCACUUCGAACUCAAAACAGCCCGGCUUAGAAGAGUAUGACGGCAGCUUUGGUUACACAGCAAAGCCUGUACAAAAAGUACAAAAAGUCCAAUUAUUUAGCUUGUUGGACUAAAUAAACUAUGUCUGGAGAAGAAUCUGUCUUGUAAAAUGGAAUUCUUAAGAUCCUAAUAUUCUGUAAAACCUAUCACUUUGUAUCAGAUAGUUAAUAAAAUAUUUUUAUUAAAAAUGAAGGCCCCUUUGG